AUGGGGACCGGCAAGCUGGUCCCUUUCGAGACCAACUACGGCACCAAUUACGACGCCAUUCGUUACCCCGUCUUCAUCUUCCUCGCCGUAUCAGGCGAGUUUUUCGGGGAUUUCUUCUGUCAAGCCAACUUCUUCUGGUCGCGGCAACUCCUGAAGUAUGGAGUCACCAAGAACCAGGUUGUGCAUGAGCUGAUGCUUGUCAUGUUCAUCGCGGCGCUGCUGCAGUUCCCCAACCCCAUGAUCCAGGACACGAGAGAUAUUGCCAUAUCGAACCUGUUGGCCGACUGCCGGAAUACGAGCCACCUCGUUCAAAUAUGUGUCCACGAACGGAAAGUGGAAAAGGGAGUACCCAGCGGAAUCAUCAUCGACGGCCGAAGCCAAGCACAAGCGACUCAAGGUCAGGGGAAAAAUGGAUAUGGGACUCAUAUUGGUGAGCGACCAUGCCCUGGGUAUCUACCCGAGGCAGAACUGGAAUUUGGGUUGGGGCUGUUGGAGGAAGACAAGAUCGAGGUCGACUUACUCGAAGGUCCCAUCUCGGAGUUUGUGAAUCGCACGCCGUUGACAAUUUGUGCCAAGACGCCCAUGGAGUUUGUGGUCGGGACGUUCGGCAAGUUGAUGCUGGAAUAUGCCGUUGUGGUCGAGGAGGAUACGGCGAGAGUGGUAGGCGCAAUUAUUGCGAAAAGGCUGGUUAGUUAUAUAGAUGGGUUGAAGUAAUGGCACAGAGCAGGUAAUAAAGGCUUGAUUUGCAUUCGAAUGAGGCG